CCGCAAAGCCCGCGCGUCGCCAUGCACAUCCCAAACUGCCCGGCGAGCUUUGAUUCCGAGCGAUAAUGUUGUGUCCAAGACCGUUAGAUCGGCGCCCCAAAGCGCCGAUUAAACCCGGACCUUUGGCCCAACGCAACUGUAGUGGAACUCUUUCCAACAUGGAGCAAUAUUUCGCAACUCAAUUAUCGGUAGCGGGCCUUAGCUCGCCGAUUAAACCCAGUCGCAUCGGUAUAUUCGGUAAACAAUCUCAUGAUUGUAGAAUGUAUGCAGAAGUAUAAAGGUUUGUGAAAGUCCGUCGUGCAUCACCUGUCCUAUGACAUCGAUCUGGUAGCAUCGAUAUUGGACAUAUAUCUCUCCUGGGAUUUCGAAUGAUCAGUCUUUCUUUCGUUUAGCAAACACUCUAUAUAUCUCGCAAUCAACAUGAGUAAAGCGAUCCUCGUCACUGGGGCUACGGGCAAACAAGGAGGUGCCGCUGUUAACGCAUUGGUUGCUUCCAACGCGGACAUAGAAAUUCUUGCCGUCACUCGCAACCCAAACUCACCCGGUGCCCAGAAGCUUGCUCAAACAUCGCCAAAGAUAAAGCUCGUCCAGGGCGACCUUACCGAUCCCGCAAGGACAUUUGCCAACGCGAAAAUUGCCACUUCGACUCCCAUCUGGGGCGUAUUCUCCGUUUCGACCAACACAGCUAGCAAUUCGAAGAACUCAUCUACCUUCCAGAUUCAAAGUACCAGAGAUGUCAACAGGAAGCUCGAUCCGGAGGAACUGCAAGGAAUCAACCUCAUAGACACAGCUAUUAAGGAGAACGUCAAAUUCUUCGUUUUCACAUCCGUUGACCGACAUGGUGAUAAGUCAACCAAUAAUCCAACCUCUGUACCUCACUUCAUUAGCAAGCACAACAUCGAACAGCAUCUCUUCCAGCAUGCUUCACAAGCUGGAAUAGGCUACACAGUACUUCGACCUACUGCCUUCAUGGAUAACGCUCUUGGCGGGUUCGGGAAGAUGUUUGGCACGCUAUGGAACACGAGACCCAAGAACAUGAAACUGCAGCUCAUUGCAGCCAGUGAUAUCGGAUAUUUCGCUGCGCAGGCCUUCCUGAAUCCAGAGUCCGAGAUAUACAAGAACAAGUGUAUCUCUUUGGCUGGAGACGAACUGACCUUCGAAGAGGCCAAGGCGAAAUUUAGGGAGGUGGCGAACAUGGAAUUCCCCACAACCUUCUCCCUCAUAGGCUACGGGUUACUAAUGGCUGUUGCAGAUCUUCGGCUCAUGUUUAAAUGGUUCGAGACUGAAGGCUAUGCUGCUGACAUUGAGGGCCUGAGAAAGAUUCAUCCUAGGUUGAAGAAUUUCACUACGUGGUUGAAUGAAGAGAGCGGCUAUGUGAAAAAGUAAACAUAAGUCUCUCGCGUUGUUUACAGCUGGCGAAUCAGAGCCAGCCCAGCUCGUUGCUGUGGCACAGGAAUGUGGCGCCACGGUCUGCAAGCCACCUUUUUCUUUUGCUCAAUCAUUUCAAUCCUGUAUCUCUUUCAUGGUUUACCUUUUGUCAAAUCACUGCCCAGGUCUAUCUAUAUAUGUAUGUUUAGUUUGUGACAGCUGUAGAGUCUAAGUCUAUCCAUCGUGUAAAAACAUUGAAUAGCACGAAACAGUGAGGUCGGAUACAGGACAAAUUCUCGUGAAAACUGUUUAGAAUGAUUCAGCCGCAGUCGGGCUUACGGCUGAAUACGAUAGAGGCCAGAACUAUGCGAAGUCUAUGUACUAAGGUCGAGUAAUCCAACGUAGAUACACGAAAUGGCGGAGCACUAGUCGCUG